UCGUAUAGGAAGAAGACCCUUUCCCCGGAUUAAACACACGUUCUUGCCCUCCCACGUAAAUAGAUUUAUUGUAGUCUUCAAACUUUUUAUGAUUUAUUUAAGACUUAAGUGUGAAUUAACCAUAGAAGAUAUCAAUAUUACACAAUAUCUGCGUUAACAAAGUAACACUGUUGCAGCACUGUUUCCAGGGGGAUUUAUAUCGAGACGGUAUUUCCGCCUUUGGCUGUUGUUUUUCAUCCCAUUUAUCUGCGUUUUGAUGGUUUAGCAAUCGUAAUUGUAAUGUGUGUUUGAACAACUUGUUGUAAAGCGAACACUAUUUAUACUUUUUUGUUGGACUAGAUGGGCGCCCAUUACUGUCCCAUAUGUAGGCAAACAACAUUUAACGGGAAAAAACACAUCUUCGGGAAAACUCAUCAAAGCAGACUCAGACUUGUUCUUGUGAAAUUUAUCGAAAAGGUGAAAGAAGCCCGUAGAACACUGAACAAACCUGAAGUGGAAAAAUUUGAUUGCACUCAGCACAAGAAAACCUUCUGGUGUUACUGCUGUGGCCUUGAAGUGGAGCGAAAUGUCACUGAUGGCAAAAUGACUGUUUUACAUGGAGGCUUGUUGGAGCACAUGGCUGUGCCAGAACACAAGAAAAACACUCACAAGUUCUGGUGGGAAAACAAAGCGGAUCCCAAGCUAAGAGAUAAAGUCAUCAUCACACAGGAGGAGACUGAAAAGUUCAAAGCUGAGGUGGCCAAAGUGUUGGAAACAUAUGUGGAGAAGGAGGAUGAAUACAUUAAACAGCAAGCAGAGGUCAUCCAGGCCCAGGAGAAACAGCGGCAAGAGCUCCUUGAGUCUCUUUUAGAGCGUGAUGCAGAGCCGGAGACGUCCAAUGGACCCAAUGGAACAGAAAUAUCAGCAGAGGCUAGAGUCAGCUCUCAAGGGACAUCAUGGGUUGCCAACCAGCAGGCAGGAAGCAGCCUCUUUGACACGAUGGUUGACGCACAGCAACAAGGCUUGACUUUUAUAGGUCAUCAGGACUCAUCAAACAGUGGGAAUGUGCACACAGGUGCUGUGCCUCCUUGGCUCCAGGAUGAUCCUCUCGAGGGCUCUUGUAAAAGUGCAGCACCUCCUGAAAUAGGACCAUCAGUCCAGGAGUUCCUCAGACAGAAGGAGCAAGAGAAGCUCAGAAAGCUCCCCCCAAACAGAGUGGGGGCCAACUUUGACCACAGCUCCCACACAGAUGCUAACUGGCUGCCAUCUUUUGGUCGUGUGUGGAACAGUGGUAGACGCUGGCAGUCCAGGCACCAGUUCAGACAGGAGGAGGGACAGAAGAACAGAGCAAAGAAGAGGAGAAAGUCCUGGGCGGAAGGAGCCAAGAAAGCAAAGAUGACAGAUGACUAGUGUCUACACUUUAAGGAGCUUGAGGUUUGCUGGUGACGCCACCAUGGGACCUGCAGCUUAACAGUAUGGGUAAACUGUACAACUACACCACACUGUUUACAUAAUUCAUGUUAGAGCCACAGAUGUCCGCUAUUUCAUAAGCUUUAUUAUCUAUAAUUGUUGUUUAGGAUGUGAUCCAACAUGUGCAGACGAAAUAAACAUGUAUAGUUUUUCCUCACUAGAUGUAAAUAAAUUUUUCCAUCAUGUGUCUUCGGGAACAUGUGGUGGUUGUAAUGCUGAGAGAAAUUAUUUUAUGCAAAUUUACCAUGUAAACAAAUUCUACAGUGGAAGAGGAUGGUCAUUUUAAACUACCCUUUUCAUUUUAACCUGUUCAUGUUAGCUAAAAAAAUGCUUCCAAAAUAUAUUUUUUGGCCUCCAAAAAGGAAAAAACACAAGGCAGCCAACAAAAAACUGGAGACACAUUACAAACAUUAGUUUGUAUUUGAAAUACAUUGUCAACAUUUGGCACAAUCCUGCAAACAAACACAGUACAUACGAGUGGUGUCCUGUUAGAACUUCUUCUACCUCCGAUGCGCAUAUUGCAGGUUUGAAUAUCAAACAUACUUUUACCACUUCUUUAAUCACGUAGAAUAUGAGAAAAGGCUUGAUCAAAUAAUAUUGUGCUGGCUCUAGAUUGUGGUCACAUCUUUUUCCUCUCCUUUCUCUUAUCUUCUCUGCUUUGCUUGUCAUGGCUGGUUUUGUCCUGUCUCACACUUUUAAAAGCCUCUCUCUGCAUUACAAAUUCCAAAUCUAAAUAAUGGAAUUGAUCAAGUGGUCUCUUCACACAAUUGACAAAGUCUUCAUGAUGAGAAUCUUGGGUUCAGGGGAACCUGUCUGACUUGACGGAAUGUUCACCGCCGGCUUAACGAGAGAUGUAGUGGGUUAUGUGCUUGUUGACUCUUUUCGUUGAGGACAUCGAUUGAAGACCUCGACCUGUUUGGAACUGUAACAGAUCUAUUGUUGAAUGGAUUAGGCACUGUUCUGGUGUAUCGCAGUAUUUGGAAGACGGAGACAGCUGUCUAACCCACCCAGCAGCUGCCCAUCAUGAUGAACAAAGCCGUUAGCGCUCUGCCUAUGAAUCACAGCAAGGAAAUUGUGACUCGAGAGACUAGGAUAAAGCUAAUCGCCGCAUUCCCUGCAGAGUUACUGCAGCUCAUCCCCUGUUCCUUUAGGCGUGUACUUUGUGCUAUCUUUUUAAUGUACGGCAUGUAUUGAAAAUGUUGUUAUACAGUAGCGGCAGCUAUGUGUCUCCUCAACACAAUUGCCCUUUAAGGGGCAGUAGUGUGCUCCCCUACAUGCACUCUCCUCCUGUGUUUGGUCAAGGUAUUGUUAGCUCGGAAUCUCUUCCCACAAUUGUUGCACAAGUACGGCUUCUCUCCCGUGUGGACCAUCGUGUGUCUUUUCAACACAGACAUGUCGCUAAAACUUCUACCACAUGUGUUGCAGAGGAACGGCCUCUCCCCGGUGUGCACCAUGAUGUGUCUUUUAAGUAUGGAGAGCUGAUUGAAUCUCUUCCCACAGGUGUUGCAAAGAUACGGCUUCUCGCCUGUGUGAGUCCUAGUGUGAGCGACCACCUCGUGCGUGUUCCUAAAUUGCCUCCCACAUGUUUUGCAGGAAUAAGGCUUCUCAUUUGUGUGGAUCAUUACGUGUCUUUUGAGAUUAGAACUUUGGUUGAAUGUCUUCCCGCAUGUCUUGCAAGAAUAAGGCUUCACUCCAGUGUGUGUCAGCAUGUGUCGUUUUAGUUGGCAACGAAAACGAAAACCUUUCGCGCAGCAGCCACAUUUGAACAACUUACUGUUGAUGUCGCCCUGUAUGUUUUCAUCACUUGUGUCUAGAGCUGCAAAGCAACCAGUCUGAUCCGCUGAUGGACUUUCACCUGGACUCAAACUCAAAAUAGGAUCGGCCGUCUUGUAGUUUUCGUCACCAACAGGAACAGAUAGAAAAAUAUCCAGCUCUUCUUCCUUGAGACUGCUGCAGGGUUCCUCCUUAAUUUGUUGAGUUUCUGGCUCCUUCUGGUCCAGGGAGUUCUGCUGCACUUUGUCCACAUUUUGCAGCUCUGAAGGCAUACAGACGAGAGACGGUUACUUGUGUUCCCCCUCAUGAAAAUGUAUCGACUAAACAUAUAAACUGGGUUGUAAAAUCUACAAAAUGGCUAAGUAAAUACAAACUUAAGAUGACAGAUAACAGAGUUCAAAUGUAGGAAAUAAGCGACCUUCUUCCUGUUUAAUUUAGUCCACCUCCGGCCCUCCGCUGUGAUUGGUCACACCCCCAUGCGCUACAGAGGACUACUUCCGCGUUUACUGAAUGCAGGCGUUGAGGGAUGUCCGGGUCGCAUUGACGUCAGUAGAAGUCAGUGUUAAAAAAAAAAAAUCUGUACACCCCAGCGUGCGGAGCCAUCCAAAACAUCUAUAGGCGCUCACUUCCAAAUGUGCAAACCUCAUUAUGUCACGCUUUGGCAUCGUUUAACACAAUAAUACAACAUCGCAACAACAUCUAAAGGUCAGAAAAGUGGAAAAAGCACAACAGGCCCCCUUUUAACAGGCCUGUUGUAAUUCACCAAAAUGUAUACGCAUCUGUGAUGGCUGUAACUGGUAUUUAUCGAGACUGCAAUUCUCCUUACAAAGCUUCUGCUCAGUCAAAACCUCAGCUUCUACAUGUCGGAGUACAUAAUUAAAAUCAAUGAACUUUAACAAUUGCACUUAGAAAUUGCAUUAUAUUUUUCCCCAAGCGAUGCAAAAAUGUGGACCAUGACAUUUUCUUACAAACCUAUUCUGUACACUUUUAUUUGGGGUUUCCAGAUGAUAUCCACCAGUCGACGCUGACGAUCAAGCUCCUCCUUAUAUUCAAAAAUGGCUUUUUCAAAAACUCCAAAUAUUUCUUCAGCAGCGGCUGUAAGUCUCUCGUUAACAAACUGUCUCAAAUGCUGGACUGACGCCAUCGCUACAGACACGACAGAGAAGACACCUACUACGGAAGCUGAAUUGUUUAUUUCCGGUAGGUGUUACGUUGUGUUUGUUCCGACGGUUACGGUCUGGUUCCGGUACCAAGUCAUCAUUCCCUUUAUGGAAGGUCCGCAUCGUGUAAAAAUACACAAGUAAACAAAAACACAAUUUUACAUACCGUGUUCAUUACGAAUGACUGCUGAAUUCAAUGCUGUAUUUAAUUUGAGGUGAUCAAGCAGAAGGUGAUCAGUGAGAAUCAACUGUAGUAUUUAUUGGCCGUUUAGGUGUAUACGGUAUAACAAUUUAUAUAUAUGAAUACACACGAGCACUGUAUUUUGGAUUCACAUUGCUUCUUGUUACCAUGGUUUUACGCUAACAGCAGAGGGCGCCAUUGACAGAACUUUAAAAACUGAGAUGCUCCUUAAUAAAAUAUAUUCUGCUCCACGUGGUGCAGUUCAUAUGGAAUAGUGGACUAUUAUUAUACUCUAAACGUCUGUAGCUAAUUUAUAACCAAAGUGUAUGUAUAUGUGUAUGCUUCCAAGUUCUAUAGCUCAAAGGUCAAAGAUACAAAAUAAUUAAAUGUGUGCAAUAAGAAGUACAAUGGUGUUAAAUAAACAUUAUUUUCUACAUUGAGCAUUUGUAACGAAUAAGAAUACGAUUUCUGUUAUUGAUUAUAAUUAAUAACUAAAUAAAUAACCUUUCACAUAUCCUUUAUACAGCAUGUAAUCAUGAUUACUAUUCAUACGAUUUUUUUUAUUCUCCAGAACAUUGUGAUUUGGUAAAACUAUGUAAGAAUGUAUGUAGAAUAUAUUCAUUAUUAUUUUCCCUGCUAUUGGUAGUGUUGUAGGUGCAACCUAUACCCACAUCUAGACGGGUGAAAUAAAUUAUAUGAUAAUAAAGCAUUAUUACGUCCCCUCCCCGGGUCCUUUGUUAUCUACAUAAGUGCACAGUUAUCAGCCCUCGGCUUGGAUGGGUGCAGUGAACACUGUGGGGAUACAAGGUCUAUUUUUAGCUGUGUGACAACAUGGCUUUGGCCUGUUCUGUUCAAACUGAAAAGAUGCGAGUCACCACGAUUCAGUGACGAUAGGUUGCAUCGCUGUCGUCUGUGUUUUGGCUUGAUAUCACAACUGU